AGUUGAUAAUGAACUUUAAUUGUAGAGUUCUAGUAAUCCCACAUUACCUUCCCACAUCGCAGUUAUCACAUAAUCGCGUAGUUGCCUAGUUCUAUUCCCACAUUACCUUCCCAAAUCGCAGUUAUCACUCCGGCUUCCCGUAAUCCGUUAAGUCUCACAUCAUCCGGUCGCCGGUGAACGCAAUUCCAUGGAAUGGGCAGACGGCUACCAUUGCAACCUCUGCCAGUGCGGUUUGAGAAAAAGAAAGUGAUUGAAGAUCAUCACAAACGAGUACAUCCCAGAGGCAAUGUUUGUAGUAAGUGCUUCUUUGUCUUUGAGUCGGUGGCCGAUCUCGAGGUACAUCGGUACCGAAAAAGUGCACCAUGGGUACCACCCAGCAGCAGCACCUCAGGGGCAGAAUGCGGCCGCUCCAGCCGGGAAUCAAGGAGACGGCCAGUAGGUCCACCUUCUUUCGCAACCGAGAGGUGAACGCAGAGCCGAUCCCCAUUCCCCGAAUCACAGCAGCUCUGGAAUUGCAGAGGGAGCCAAUGGUGAUCGCCGGCGACGGCGUGCGGCCUUGGAACUUCUCGGCUCAGCAGGGUAUCAGACCAACACCGACGAGGCUGCAAGCACAGCCAGCUGGAGUUGCUUACUCUCAUCCACUUAGUAAUGUUGUAAAUUGCAUGGCUUACUUUGGUCCAACCAUGUUGUUUGCUGAUCUUAGAUGCUCACCAUCUUGUAAGCGUGCUGGACUUCACGGGACACUGUCCAUGUGGCCUCCUGAUUGUUUUCGGUACAAAGGAACCUUCUAUGUCUUCAACAAGAUGGUAAGACAGGUAGGGUUUGCCAGGCUGUGGAAGGGCACAAAUGCGGCUCUUCCUCUAGCUGUCCCAACUGUCGGCAUUUACUUACUCUUAUAUGAUGUAUUCCGCAUCUGGCUCGAGGAAAAAACCUCUGAGAGUAUUCCUGCUGCAGCCCCAUAUGCUCCCUUGGUAGCUGGCUCACUGUCACCUUCAUUAGCUUGUAUGACUUGCUAUCCUGUUGAACUUGCCAGAACUCGCAUGCAGGCAUUCAAGGGUACACAACAUGGUAUGAAAGCUCCUGGAGUUCUGAAUACUCUACUUGAAGCCCUUACUCAUGUGCAAGGCACGGAUAACCCUCAAACUAAUUGGAGAGGUUACCGGCUACUGUGGACAGGCAUGGGAGCACAGCUUGCCCUUGACGUUCCAUUUUCUGGAAUUUGUUCGGCACUACUUGAGCCUAUGAGGAUAAAUCUUCUGAGUGUGGUUGGAGAUGACGCGAAUGUGGCCAGUGUACAUGGAGCCAACUUCUCCGCUGGUUUCAUCGAAGGAAGUGUUGGUGCAGCUGCAACGUGUCCCCUGGAUGUUGCUAAAACUCGAAGGCAGAUAGAGAUGGAUCCUGUAAGGGCACUAAGUAUGACAACUCGGCGAACGCUAAUGGAGAUUUGGAGGAUGGAGGAAUGAGAACGUUGGCAUUGUGGUCGCGUUCUACGAGGUGGUGAAGUGCGCUCUGCAUUCUCGAUAUGAAUCCGCUUAGGAGGAAAGCAUCAGAUGGCGUUUUGCUGAUUGACCAUUUUGUUUCUAGUGUUCAUAGUCAUGACAGAUGUUCCUUGGGGAGUAUAGGGAAUGAGAAAGUAAAGGUUGGGUAAAAAGUAGGGUAGCAGCAAAGUAACAGUUGAUAACAGAAGAGAGGCAGUUGGGUUUACUGGUGAAGCUUCCUCAUUUCUUUUUCUGGUUCACUGAUAGGUAGAGCCUGCCAUGGAGAAUGGUUGCGGCCUUGAGUUGAUACGAAACAGAGACCACCCAUACCUUGAAUUUCGACCCAAACUGGGGUUGGAUUCGGUGGCGGAACUUGUACAGUUUUAUUACAUGCUUGAUCUUGUAUAAAUUUGCACCUAGACAUUGGUUUUAAUCAUUCGAAUUGAUAAAAAAAUAUAGACAAG